GCCAAUCGCAGCCCGGUGCGUCGCGCUCGGGGCGCGUCCCGGCCGCGGCGGAGCGGCAGCAUGGAGGGCCGGGUGCCCUACGAUGACUUCCCGGUGGUUUUCCUGCCGCCCUACGAGAGCCCGCCCGCCUGGGUCCCGCCGCACGAGCGCGUGUAUCACCCCGACUACAACAACGAGCUCACGCAGUUCCUGCCCCGCACCAUCGUCCUCAAGAAGCCGCCCGGGGCGCAGCUGGGCUUCAACAUCCGGGGAGGAAAAGCCUCGCAGUUGGGAAUCUUCAUCUCCAAGGUGAUUCCGGACUCGGAUGCUCACAGGGCUGGGCUGCAGGAGGGGGACCAGGUGCUCUCAGUGAACGAUGUGGAUUUCCAGGACAUUGAGCACAGCAAGGCUGUGGAGAUCCUGAAGACGGCGCGGGAGAUCACGAUGCGUGUCCGGUACUUCCCCUACAGUAAGUGCCCGGUUCUGGAAUGCUCCUUGGGAAGCAAACUUCCAUUAAUCCUUGCCCAUUCCACCCCAGUUUAGCAGCCCAAGGUCACUGACUGCUGAUUUGAUACCACAUCAGGAUAAUGAAGCCUGUCUUCAUCUGCCCAUAUAGGAAAACUUGGAGAGCAGGAAGGUGGGAUGGUUGGAAAAGUUAAUUUAGAGCUCAUAAAUUUAAGCUAAUUAUCCUUGAAUAACACAGGAACGAGAUCUGGCACAAGUGCUAAUGGUGCAUAUCCUUCACUAAGGAUGUUUGAACUGUGAGUGAAGGGAAGGACUGGGUUAACUCUCAGUUUCUGCUUCUGCACCCAUAAAGUUCUGAGAUUUAAGGGAUUAAAAAAAAAAGAGAAGUCAAGCCAAACAAGGAUUCUUCAUAAAAUGGAAAGUAGCCCUUAAGAAAAAAAAAAAAAGAGUAUGGGAAGAGGAGAUUUCAAAUAAAUAAUUUUGUUCUAAGUGCCCUAAUACUUGAAAGGACUGGUGGAGGUGCACUUUUAAAGCCAGAGGGUCUCAAACACUGCCUCCACUUAGCAAUGGGUGAUUUACGAAACAUUUUGGCUAAUUCUCCCUGGCCAUCCUCUCCUUGUCCCUCCCUCCCAGAUUACCAGCGGCAGAAGGAACGGACAGUUCACUAACAGGGAGCUUCAUCCUGCCAAAACCUCUCCACUCCUCUUUCCCAACGUCUGAGAUGACU